AUGUUGGCUUUUGAAUUGAGAAAAUACGCACUCUGGUGGCACGGUCCGGAACAUCUGAAACAAGAAAAAAUACAUAUGGAAACAUUAAUUGACGAAGAAACAGACUUAGAAAGUAAAAAAACUAUUAAUACUUACCUUACAAGAGAAAGCGAAGAAAAUUCCGUGUACCAAAAAAUGGAAUGUUUCAAAAACUUACCUGAAUUACUGGAAACUAUCACGUACGCUAAAAGAUUUCUGAACCUAAGACAAAAUCAAUCUGUAGAUAUACCGAUCACCACGGAAGAACUCGAAAACUCGCUACACACCUGCAUAAAAAUAGUACAAGAUGUUAAAUUCCACGAAGACAUCAGAGACUUGAAAGAGAAGAACAAAGUAAGAAAUACAAGUCGUUUGAAGACCCUAAACCCUUACCUGGAUACUAAAAUGAUACUCAGGGUGGGCGGUCGAUUACAAAACGCCAACUAUUUAGAUCUCGACCGUCUGCAUCCUAUAGUCUUAGAUGACAAAAAUCCACUUACCUUCUUGCUAGUAGCUGAUGCUCACAAAAAGACGCUGCACGGAGGAGUACAUUUAAUGCUAAAUUACCUGAGGUCAAGAUACUGGAUUCUGAAAGUGAAGGGUUUAGUAAAGACAUACAUUCAUAAAUGCUUUGUCUGUGCCAAACUGAAUGCAAGAUCUCGGACACAACAAAUGGGCGAGUUACCCAAGGUGCGAGUGACCCCAGCACGGCCAUUUCUCCACAGUGGUGUUGAUUUUGCCGGGCCUUAUGAUGUUCUUAUGUCCAAAGGCAGAGGUGCAAAAACCAAGAAGUCCUACAUCUCCAUCUUCAUAUGCAUGUCGACAAGGGCAGUUCAUUUAGAGCUGGUAGGAGAUCUGUCUUCGGAAGCCUUCAUCGCAGCCUAUCGGCGCUUUGUAUCACGUCGCGGAAGAUGUAGUGAUUUAUGGAGUGACCAGGGAAGAAAUUUCGUAGGAGCGAAUAAAUUACUUGCUGAGGCUUUCAAGGAGGCAAACUUUGAAUUUGGAGAUCAGAUAUCCAGUCUGCUAGCCGCUGUCGGCACUCAGUGGCAUUUCAUACCUGCCUAUAGCCCAAAUUUUGGAGGCCUGUGGGAGGCGGGUGUGAAAUCCAUGAAAUUCCACCUCAAACGCAUAAUGAAUAAGAGUUUGACAUUCGAAGAGAUGACUACCGUUUUAUGUCAAGUGGAAGCAUGCCUUAAUUCCCGUCCUCUUUGCCCAAUUAUUGAGUCAGAUUUGAACAACUUGGAUGUACUUACACCUGGCCAUUUCCUCAUUGGAGAAUCUCCAAUUACUAUACCCUCACCGAGCCUAAAGGAUGUCUCCCAAUCAAGUUUAUCACGGUGGCAACAUUGUCAACGGAUAUUGUCGAACUUUUGGGAUCGCUGGCAGAGCGAGUACCUCUCCAGGCUUCAGCAAAGACCAAAGUGGCAAAAAAUACAAGAAGAAUUUGACAGAGGUCAGAUUGUUCUUAUCAAAACAGAAGGAUUACCACCUGGCAAGUGGCCGUUAGGACGGAUUGUGGACAAACACCCAGGACCGGAUGGAAUCACUAGGGUCUAUAGCGUUAAAACUGGUACGAAUACUGUAAGAAGAUCAAUUUCCAAACUAUGUUUUCUACCAAUCGAUAGUAGUAAUUAA